AUGGGGAAAGGUAAAUUGAAAGCUGCCUUGAAGCAUCAAAAGGACCUCAAGGCUGCUUCGAGAGCGAAGACGACUAAGUCAAAGCAAAAGAUGGAAGUGAACGCUCCAAUGGAGGAAUCAGAGAGUGAAGAUGAAGGCGAUGAGCCCAUAGUUGACUCCCUCCCCAAUGAAGGCGCUCCUUUAUCUCAUAAAGAGAAGAGAAUGUUACGAAAAUUGUUGAAGAAGAAAGCUCAAGAAGCCGAGUUCAAGGGAGACCCUGAAGAAGACGAUGAAGAUAAUGAUGACGAUGAAGAUGAACAGGAGUUGGAUCUCGAGAAAUUGGCAGCCUCCGAGAGCGAAAGCGAGCUUGAUAGCAAAGAUGAUGACCACGACGACGAAGAUGAGCAAGAAGAAAAAGAUGAGUCGGAAGACCCUGAAGCUGAGGAGGAGGAUGUGCCAUUAUCAGACGUUGAACUCGAUUCAGACACCGACGUUGUUCCACACUCUAAACUUACAAUCAACAACAUAGCAGCAUUAAAAGAGUCUCUCGUCAGAAUUAGGUUGCCUUGGGAGAAGCACUCGUUCGUUGAGCACCAAUCUAUUAUGAGCGCUGAGAACACCGACGCGGGCAUCAAAGAUAUAUACGAUGACACCGAAAGAGAACUCGCAUUUUACAAACAGGGUUUGGAUGCCGUCAAGCAAGGCAGAGCUACUCUCCUAAAGUUGAAAGUUCCAUUCUCUCGUCCCCUCGACUACUUUGCUGAGAUGGUUAAGUCUGAUGAGCAUAUGGACAAGUUGAAGAAUAAAUUGUUAAAAGAAGCAGCUGACAAGAAGGCUUCUGAGGAGGCAAAGAAGCAAAGAAAGUUGAAAAAGUUCGGCAAGCAGGUGAUGCACGAGACAUUGCAACAAAGAGCCAAGCAGAAGAGAGAGACUUUGGAGAAGAUCAAGUCUUUGAAGAAGAAGAGAAGUGCAAAUGAAAUUGAGGAUGACAACGAAUUUCAGAUUGCCUUGGAAGAAGCUACCGCUGACGACAGACCGGCGAAGAGGAGCAAGCCCAAUGGAAAGCGCUUGGCCAAGGACGCCAAGUACGGCUUCGGAGGGAAAAAGAGAGGAUCGAGAAAGAAUGACGCUGAUUCUUCAGCAGACAUAUACAAUCUUGGAAAGAAAAGUAAAGGCAAGAGUUCAAGGCCUGGUAAAAGUAAGCGUCACAGACGCUAG